AUGUCUGACUCGAUUAUAUCAUCACUAACUCAUGCUAUAUCCAAUACCUAUAUUUACAUGGGUAUAAUCGUUACUAUAGGAGGAAUAUUUGGAGGAAUAAUUAAUAUAAUUAUUUUUCUAAGUCUUCGAACAUAUCGACAAAGUUCAAGUGCAUCCUACUUAACUGUAGUAUCAAUUAUUAAUAUCGGCCAAUUAUUAACAGGUCUUCUUUCUCGUGUUUUAAUUAAUGCAGUUGGUGUUGAUUGGACACAAACAUCAUUAGCUUACUGUAAAUUACGCAAUUAUAUAUUUCAAAUGUGUGCAAUUGUUUCUCCAAUGUGUAUGUGUUUAGCAACAAUUGAUCAAUUUUUAUCAACAUCUGCUCAUCCUCGAUGGCAACGAUGGAGUAAUACAAAAAUAGCCUAUUGCCUAUCAGGUAUAAUGAUUAGUUUUUGGUCUAUCUAUGGUAUUCCUUAUUUACUUUACUAUAAUAUUGUUGUAUCAUCGAAUGGAGGAACACCAAGUUGUACUAUUACGAACGCAAUCUUCAGUAAAUAUUACAAUGAUUUUCAUGUACCUGUCUUAAUGUGUAUUAUUCCACUUACUAUAAUGAUCAUAUUUGGUUUAUUAGCAUAUCGUAAUGUAAAACAAAUUUCACAUCGAACAGUUGUUCCUCUUGUUCGUCAUCGACAUGAAGUUCAAUUAACCAUCAUGGUACUUGCACAAACUGUUUUUAAUAUCUUUGCUACUACACCAUGCUUUAUUGUACUUACUUUUGCAUCAUUUACUACUCUUACUCAAGAUCCAGUUAUUGCUAUUCAAGUUCGAUUUGCUAUUGCAAUAACGACUUGUAUUUAUUAUUUAUAUUAUGCAAUUCCAUUCUAUAUUUAUAUUUGUGUAUCGGACCGAUUUCGAAAACAGCUUCAUUAUGUAUUGUUUGGUAUUCAUCUAAAACGAUGGCGAACACUAACUCAAAAUGAAGUAUUACCAAUGAAUGAAUUACCACGCAUAUCUGUCGAGAUUAUUCCAUCGACGUAA